AUGUACAGGAAUAGCUUAGUGCAAGAAUAUCAUAACUUUGACUCUUAAUUUAUUUUAUUAGCUAAUUAAUCCAGUUCUUAAUUUCCUAAAUUGCUUAUUUACUUAUUAACCAAAUAAAAUAUAAUGAAUUUGUUUACUUAUUAAUCAUAAUACAAUUAAAAUACUAAUGAAAAUCAUCUUUUUUUACCAUCUUUUCUCCUCCGUAUUUAUUUAAUUCUUUAUUUAUUUUUAUAUUUAAGUGAAAAUGAUAUUGGUGAUUUUGGUGCAAAAGAUUUAGGCACAGCAAUAGCCUAGUACAAAAAUAUUACAACUUUGACACUUGAAUUAUAUUGGAAUAAGAUUGGUUAAAAAGGUGCAUAUUAUUUAGGCACAGGAAUUGCCUAGUGCAAGAAUAUCACAACUCUGACGCUUAAUUUAGAUUGGAAUCACAUUGGUGCAAUAGGUACAUAAGAAUUAGUCACAAGUAUAGCCUAGUGCAUGAAUAUCACAAUUUUGAGGCUUAAUUUAAGUUGGAAUUAUAUUGGUGAUUAUGGUGUAAAAUAUUUAGCCACAGUAAUAGCCUAGUUCAUGAAAGUCAUAACUUUGACGCUUAAUUUAGAAAAUAAUAAAAUUGGUGCAAUAGGUGUAAAACAUUUCGUCACAGAAAUAGCCUAGUGCAAUACUAUCACAACUAUGGAGCUGGCUUUAGGUGAAAAUGAUAUUGGUGAUGAGGGUGCAAAACAUUUAGGCACAUUAAUAACCUAGUAAAAUAAUAUCUCAACUUUGACACUUGAUUUAUAUUCGAAUUAUAUUGGCGAUGAGGGAGCAAUAGAUUUAGGCACAGGAAUAGCCUAGUGCAAGAAUAUCACAGUUUUGAAGCUUAAUUUAGAUUGGAAUAUUAUUGGUGCAAUAGGUGCAAAAGAUUUAAUCACAGGAAUAGCCUAGUGCAAUAAUAUCACAACUUUGAAGUUUGUUUUAGGUUAUAAUAGUAUUCGCGAGAAGCGGGCAAAAAAUUAAGAUUAGGUAAAGAUUUGGCCAUUUAAUUGA